AGCAAACAUAAAACUGUGAAAAAAUCCUGUGUAUUGAAAGGUUUUAAGCAAUAUCUAUAUCUAUAUAGGCUGAUUCAUUCAAUUUAAUGUUGCUGGUACGAUUAUGAGACAAGAUGGGCACCAUCUCCUUUUCCUAUGUGAAUGGCCUUUCUAGGCCUGCAUAUAAGCCUGUGUAUACCAAUUUUUCUUCGGGGAGGCUUCUUUACGGUGAGUUCCAUGGACCACCAAAUUGGAAGAAGUGGGGCAUAUCAAGCAAUUCCCAAAACAUUACAUUAAGACUUGUACUCUUUGGGUCAUUGGAUUCAAAAGUUCACCAGUUCUAUAAACAAUUAGUGAUCACAGGGGAGUAUCCUCAAAAUGUGGACCUUCCAUAUUCCCUGCCAGUAACUAAAAAGAAACCAUUUCCUGUUCCUGUGAAAGAACUGAGGCGUGCUGCAAGGGAAAGACAAAAGAAUAAUAAGGGAAAGCCAAAGAGACCUCUUGGGCCUCCAAGAAAUGGUUUAUUAGUGCAAGGGCUUAUCCCAGUUGCACAUCAAGUUUUUGAAGCAAGAAUGAGAUUAAUAAAUGGUAUUUCAGAAUUGCUCAAAGUGGUACAUGUCCGUUCUUGCAGACACUGCUCAGAAGUGCACGUUGGUCCUGUUGGUCAUCCUUUCAAAACUUGUCACGGUUUCAAUUUUGGGGCUCGGAACUCCCUUCAUGAAUGGGGAAAUUCUUACAUUGAGGACAUUCUUGUCCCUCUUGAAUCAUUUCAUCUAUUUGAUCGUCUUGGAAGACGUGUGACCCAUGAAGAAAGGUUUUCAAUACAGAGGAUACCAUCAGUUGUGGAGCUUUGCAUCCAAGCAGGUUCAGAUCUACCUCAGUAUCCAACUAGGAGGAGGGUGGAACCUAUAUAUUAUUUUCAUAAGGAAAUGGUUGAUCCUAAUGAAGAUGAAGCGGCCAAUAAUAUGCAGAAAACAGAAUCAACAGAUAUAUUAGAUCUAUAUGAGCCAACCCAACAAACAAGCACAGCAUACUCAUCUUCAGAGGAAAUUAAGAAUUUAGCAGAAGAAACCCUUCAAGCAUGGUUUACCAUGAGACAGGGAGCUAAUAAACUGAUGAAAAAAUAUCCUGUUAAGGUAUGUGGUUAUUGUCCAGAAGUGCAUGUUGGUCCCUUCGGGCAUAGAGCUCGGCUUUGCGGGGAAUAUAAGCAUCAGCAGCGUGAUGGAAUGCAUGGCUGGCAAACAGCAACUAUUGAGGACCUGAUACCUCCAAAAUAUGUCUGGCAUGUUCCUGAUCCACAUGGACCUCCUUUUAGGAACGAGCUGAGGAGAUUCUAUGGUCAGGCACCUGCUAUUGUGGAGCUUUGCGUGCAGGCAGGGGCUGCUAUACCUGAAGAAUACAAACCCAUGAUGAGACUGGAUGUUGUGAUUCCAGACUACAAAGAAAUAGAAAUGGUUGCAUAAUUUAUUUUCAGUAAGAGCCUGACAGGCAAGUUCAGUCCAGUUAUUUUAAAUAGAUUCCUCAAUUUACUCAGAAAUGAAAAGCCUUGCAAUGUAAAUCAAGAACUUAUACACCAAGAUAAAUCAUCUGAUCAGGCAUCAUGCCAAUCAAAGAGAUCCUUUAUUUUCUUUCGGUUGAUGAAUGAGAAGCAACUGUUUUGAAUCAUAACAUAAGCUCAGGGAAAACAUUAAUGGUUGGUAGUUUGACUAAGAAGUUGAGUUCUCAAUAGUUAAUUAAAAUUUCAGAGUCUUAAAAGAAGCUUUUUAUUAACAAUGCAUAUUAUGAUGAAUGAGCAAUUCUUGAUGUAACAAAAUCUAUUUGUAAUUUAUCAUCUGCACCAAGACUUGAAUCA